UACAGAAAGAAAAGAGGCAGAAGUAUUGGAAAUUAUAGAUUAGUCCCAUAUCACUCUUAUCCGUUUGCAAGCAGCCAUGGAGGGUAUGGUUCAAAGUUCAGUCCCUCAAUAUUGGAAGCCUUUCCACAGCUUACGCAGAAUGACAACCUCAGUUCCAUUCCUAAGAAUAACAUCAAUGCAUAGGAGAAUUCCAAUUCCACAACUAACUUCUCAUUUUCCAGUUCCACAACUAACUUCUCAGUCUUUUCUGCUUUCCAUUUCUUCUCCAACAACCGGUGGCACGGUUUCUUUUGCAACACCUGAGGUGGGAGUUAGCAAUACUGAAACGCGUGAAUGGGCCAUGCAAGAUUUCUAUACUUUAAGGAAGGAUGUAGAGACUGUCUUAGAGCGUGUUGAGGAGAUCAGAGGUGCUGCUGGUCUAAAGCAAUUACAGGAAGAUCUUGCUGCUUUAGAAGCAGCAGCAGCUGAUAGCUCUCUCUGGGAUAAUCGUGCUAAAGCUCAGGAAACACUUCAGGCUUUAACUGAUUGCAAAGACAAAUUAAAGCUUCUCCAUGACUUUAAGACACAGGCUGAUGAUGCAGAAACAAUUAUUAAGCUCACUGAGGAGAUGGACUCAACUGAUUCAGGGCUUCUUCAAGAGGCGUCUGGUAUCAUAAAGGAAUUGAACAAGGCACUGGAUCGUUUUGAGUUGACUCAACUUCUUUCAGGCCCCUAUGAUAAAGAAGCUGCUGUGAUUACUAUCACAGCUGGUGCGGGCGGCACUGAUGCACAGGAUUGGGCUGAUAUGCUUCUCAGGAUGUAUGUGAGAUGGGGAGAAAAGCAGCGCUAUAAAACAAAAGUUGUUGAGAAGUCUGUGGGAGAAGAAGCUGGGAUCAAGUCAGCCACUAUUGAAAUUGAAGGCCGGUAUGCGUAUGGUUACCUGUCUGGGGAGAAAGGAACCCACAGGAUUGUUCGACAGUCUCCUUUCAACGCUAAAGGCCUUCGGCAGACAAGCUUCUCAGGCAUUGAGGUUAUGCCUCUUCUUCCUGAAGACUCAACAGAUGUUGAAAUUCCUGAAGAAGACUUGGAUAUCAGCUUUACAAGAGCAGGUGGAAAAGGAGGUCAAAAUGUUAACAAGGUUGAGACUGCAGUUCGCAUCACUCAUAUUCCCACAGGCGUAGCUGUUCGUUGUACAGAGGAGAGGUCACAGCUAGCAAAUAAGAUAAAAGCUCUUAGCCGAUUGAAAGCUAAAUUGUUGGUGAUUGCUGAGGAGCAAAGGGCAUCUGAAAUAAAGCAAAUAAGAGGAGAUGUAGUGAAGGCUGAAUGGGGCCAGCAGAUAAGAAACUAUGUCUUCCAUCCUUACAAGCUGGUAAAAGAUGUAAGGACUUCUUAUGAAACUUCUGAUAUCACUUCUGUCAUGGAUGGUGACUUAGAUCCUUUUAUCAAGGCCUAUCUUAAGCACAAGCACACUUUGGCAGCAAACCCUACUGGACUCACUUCAUCCUAAACUUGGAAACAAUAUUCUGUAAAUGAAUCGCUAGAAGAUCUUUAAGGUUGUUAUACCAUAUAUUUGUGUUUGGUUGUGUCUGAGUAAUGAUAAAUUCGAAUUCCUUCUCUCU